AUGCCGCCGGCGCUCGAGGCCAAGGACGGAGGUGUUGAUGCCACGCGGGGCCCCGAGUGUGUGGACAAGGUCUGGGACGAACAGGUGGACGGCGCGUGGGCCCCCGGCAAGGCGCCCGUGAGUCUGCUGACGACGUUCCUCAAGUGCGUCCAGGAGCGAGAUAGUGUCGAGGCGGAGCGUGCAGCACGAGAGAUUCUGGAGGUGGAGCCCAACAACCGCCUCGUGCAGGAUCUGCUGGACGCCAUGAAGCAGCACGACGCAAUGGAAGCUGCUGCUGAGGCGGAGGAAGGUAGCUCGGGUGACGAGGAGGACGAGGAGGAUAGCUCAGAAGACGAUGACGACGAUGACGACGACGAGGAUAGUUCAGAAGAUGACGAGGAGGAUCAGCCUGACACCAACGAAGCUAAACCGCACGAUGCUGACGCAAAGAACAACGACGGAGAGUAA